UCGCCAAGUGCCAUGGCGACUAAAAUGGACGGCGGAGCGCGCCGGCAGAUCCCGAUCGUGUGCCCCGGGCACUCGCGGCCGCUCACGGAAUUGCAGUACUGCCCGCACCCGACGCCGAACCCGGUGCCGGGCGACGCCGACGCGUCGCACUACCUCCUCAUCUCUGGCUGCCACGACAAGCUGCCGAUGCUGCGCUGCGGCAAGUCGGGCAACUGGAUCGGGACCUUUGAAGGCCACAAGGGCGCUGUGUGGUCGGCCAAGCUCAACAACGACGGGACGCGCGCGAUCACGGGCAGUGGCGACUUUAGCGCCAAGCUCUGGGACGCAGUGACCGGCGACAACCUGCGCACGUUUGACCACAAGCACAUUGUCAAGAGCGUCGAGUUUAUCAACGGCGGCGCAUAUGUGGCCACGGGCGGCCAAGAAAAGCUCCUCCGCGUCUUUGAUCUGGCGGCGUCGACCAACGACCCGCUCUUCACGAUGACGUGCGACGAGGGCAUUCGCAAGAUCGUCGAGAUCCCGGGCCAGGCCGCGGUGACGGUGGCGACCGGCGACACGGCAGGCAACGUGGUGGUCUGGAACGUCGAGACGCAAACGCGCGUCGCGACCUUCGCCGUCGACACGGUCGGCGGCGUCAUGGACAUGGAGGCCUCGCGCGGUGGCCGCGUGCUCACGGUCGCGGCGGGCUCGCACGUGUCGUUCUUUGACACGACGUCAUGGACGCUCCUCUUUGACGUGACGAUGCCAAUUACGUUCAAUGCCGAAGGCGGUGCGUCGCUGCACCCGACGCUCGACCGCUUCGUCGCUGGCGGCUCGGACACGUGGGUCCGCGUCUUUGCGUGGGAAGCAGGAAAGGGCCACGAACUAGAGUGUCACAAGGGCCACCACGGCCCCGUGCGUUGUUUGCGGUACGCGCCGAACGGCGAGAGCUUCGCGACCGGCUCGGAGGACGGUACGAUCCGCAUCUGGCAGACAACGUCGGCCGUUCGCUUGGAGUAGUCGUUCGUCAAUGUUAAACUCGAUAUGAAGAAGAUGAAGAUGAGGACAAUGGUA